AGAGGAAAAAAUUUAAAGCAAACACGGAGAUGAGAAAGAAUUCACUUGGGCGUGCAUCAAACGAAGUUAAAGUAGCUGAAUAGUUCUGACAGGUGCCUGAUACAGAGAAGGAGCCAAAACGUCCUCGCCAUGCUACAAAAUCUAAUGCUUUUUUUCCUGGGACUGGUGGCACAAAAUCUCUGCUCCCUGCCUGAAACAACAGAGCAGGCAAAAAGGUGCGAUAAGAAAGCUGUCCUUAUAAUGAGGACUGAGUGCCAACCCUGCUCACUCAACUUUGGAACGAAGUGCCCAGAUGGUUACACCAAGAUUACCAAUGGCACCGUAGGAGUCCGAGAUUGCAGGUACCCCUUUGAGGUCAGAACGUACACACUGUCUCUCCCUGGCUGCCGCCAUAUCUGUAGGAAAGACUAUCUCCAGCCUCAGUGCUGUCCAGGCCACUGGGGCCCAGACUGCAUGGAGUGCCCUGGAGGAGCGCGGUCCCCCUGCAGUGGUCGGGGCAGCUGUGCUGAAGGCAUGGAAGGAAAUGGAAGCUGCUCCUGCCAAGAAGGGUUUGGUGGAACAGCCUGUGAAAACUGCGCUGAUGACAACGUAUUUGGACCCAGCUGUUCAGCAGCUUGCCCCUGUGUGCAUGGAGUGUGCAACAGUGGAAUACAUGGCGACGGGACCUGUGAGUGCUUCUCUGGGUACACCGGCCCCAACUGUGACAAGCCCAUCCCUGCAUGUGCAGCCCUGUUUUGCCCAGAAAACUCCAGAUGCUCACCUUCCAGCAAAGAUGAAACGACACUAGAAUGCAAAUGCCUCCCCAAUUACAAAAGCGAUGGCAAAUCCUGCGAGCCCAUCAAUCCGUGUUCACAAAACAUCUGCCACCCUCACGCGUGGUGCACGUACCUGGGACCAAAUCGGCACAGUUGCACAUGCCAGGAAGGCUACCACGGGGACGGCCAAGUGUGCUUCCCGGUGGACCCCUGCCAGGUUAACUUUGGAAACUGCCCUACGGACUCCUCAGUGUGCAGAUACGAUGGGCCUGGGCAGUCUCACUGCGAGUGUAGGGAACACUACCACAACUUUGUACCUGGAGUGGGGUGUAGCAUGACAGACGUCUGCGAAUCCCACAACCCCUGUCACAGGGACGCACGCUGCACCACCAUCGCCCCGGGCCAGACCAAAUGCACUUGCCGGAAAGGUUACAUAGGCGACGGCUCAAGGUGUUAUGGAAACAUCAUGGAGCGACUCAGAGAAUUAAACACUGAACCCGGAGGAAAAUGGCAGGGAAGGCUGACCUCCUUCAUCUCGCUCCUGGACAAAGCCUAUGCCUGGCCACUGAGUAAUCUGGGACCGUUUACUCUGCUGUUGCCAACAGACAAGGGACUGAAAGGAUUCAAUGUACAAGAACUUUUGAAGGAUAACGAAGCUGCUCGGUACUUUGUGAAACUGCACAUAAUUGCUGGACAGAUGAACACUGAGCAAAUGACUACCUUGCAAAUGAAGACGUUCUAUACUUUGACCGGAAAGUCGGGGGAAAUCUUUAAUGGCGAUGAGGACAAUCAAGUAAAGCUUAAACUCUAUGGGGGCAAAAAGAAAGUAAAUAUUAUACAGGGGAACAUAAUUGCUUCCAACGGGCUCCUGCACAUCCUUGACAGAGCCAUGGACAACGUGGCACCCACAUUUGAGAGCAAUAAUGAGCAAACUAUAAUGACAAUGCUACAACCAAGAUACAGCAAGUUCAGAUCUUUGUUAGAGGAAACUAACAUGGGACAUGCUUUAGAUGAGGAUGGAGUUGGUGGACCAUACACCAUUUUUGUUCCAAGUAAUGAAGCAUUGAAUAACAUGAAGGAUGGCGCUCUUGAUUAUCUCCUUUCUUCAGAGGGAUCUCGGAAGCUUCUGGAACUUGUCAGAUACCACAUUGUCCCAUUUACGCAGCUGGAAGUGGCCACCCUCAUUUCGACCCCUCACAUUAGGAGCAUGGCCAACCAGGUCAUACGCUUUAACACGACUGACAAUGGACAGAUUCUGGCCAAUGGUGUGGCAAUGGAAGAAACAGAGGUGGCUGCCAAAAACGGCCGGAUUUACACGCUCACCGGAGUCCUCAUUCCCCCUUCCAUCACCCCAGUUCUGCCCCACCGAUGCGACGAGACAAAGAGAGAGAUGAAACUGGGCACUUGUGUGAGCUGUUCCCUGGUGUACUGGAGCAAGUGUCCUGCCGACUCCGAGCCCAUGGCGCUCUUCACACACAAAUGUGUCUACACUGGCCGAAUCAGGAGCCUGAAGAAUGGCUGUGCCCGAUACUGUAAUGCCACUGUGAAGGUACCAAAGUGCUGCGAAGGCUUCUAUGGGCCCGACUGCGUCCAGUGUCCAGGAGGCUUCUUGAAUCCGUGCUCGGGGAAUGGGCAGUGUGCCGACGGCCUUGAUGGGAAUGGGACGUGCAUUUGCCAGGAUGGCUUCCGAGGCUCCCAGUGUCAGUUCUGCGCAGACCCCAAUAAAUAUGGACCUCAGUGUGACAAAAGAUGUCUGUGCAUCUUUGGAACGUGUGACAAUAGAAUCGAUAGUGACGGGGCCUGCCUCCCUGGCACCUGCAGGGAAGGCUCUGCUGGGAGAUUCUGCCACAAACACACCUCAGCCUGUGGGCCCUACAUGGAGUUCUGUCACAUCCACGCCACCUGUGAAUACAGCAAUGGGACAGCAAGCUGUGUCUGCAAAGCAGGCUAUGAAGGGGAUGGAAGCCUCUGUUCAGAGACAGACCCUUGUUCGGGAUUAACCCCAGGGGGCUGCAGCCGCAAUGCAGAAUGCAUCAAAACUGGCAGAGGGACCCACACCUGUGUGUGCCAUCAGGGGUGGACCGGGGACGGAAGAGAUUGCUCAGCAAUCAACACCUGCCUGCUGCCCAGAGCUGGCGGCUGCCACCACAAUGCAACCUGCUUGUAUGUCGGCCCCGGGCAGAAUGAGUGUGAGUGCAAGAAAGGAUUUCGAGGCAAUGGGAUUGACUGCGAACCAAUAACUUCCUGCUUGGAACAAACUGGGAGAUGUCAUCCACUGGCAACCUGUCAGUUUACUUCUGGCGUCUGGAGCUGUGUUUGCCCAGAGGGCUACGAGGGAGACGGCCUUCUGUGCUAUGGAAAUGCCGCAGUGGAAUUGUCGUUUCUCUCUGCGGCAGCUGUAUUUAACCAGUGGAUAAAUAGCGCCUCCCUGCAGCCCUUGCUGUCAGCCACCUCAAACCUCACUGUCCUCGUGCCUUCCCGACAAGCCAUUGAGGACCUGGACCAAGAGGAGAAAGCCUUUUGGCUGACCAAGAACAAUAUCCCUGCCCUGAUAAAACACCACACACUUCUGGGCACGUACGGAGUGGCAGACCUGCAGGCCCUGUCACCUUCUGACACGCUGGCAACAUCUUUGCAGGGCAGCUUUCUCCACUUGGCGAAGGCGAAUGGGAACAUCACAAUUGAAGGAGCAUCUGUCAUUGAUGGUGACAACGCAGCCACAAAUGGAGUGAUACACAUCAUUAACAAGGUCCUGCUUCCCCAAAGGGGUCUAACUGGCUCCUUACCAAACCUGCUCACCCGGCUGGACCAGAUGCCUGACUAUUCCAUCUUCCGGGGCUACAUUAUUCAAUACAAUCUGGCGAGUACAAUCGAGGCUGCUGAUGCUUACACAGUGUUUGCUCCAAACAACGAUGCCAUCGAGAGUUACAUCCGGGAGAAGAAGGUCACAAGUUUGCAGGAGGACGUGCUCAGGUACCACGUGGUCUUGGAAGAGAAGCUGCUGAAGAAUGACCUGCACACUGGCAUGCACCGGGAGACCAUGCUGGGCUUCUCCUACCUCCUCGGCUUCUUCCUCCACAACGACCAGCUCUAUGUAAAUGAGGCUCCGAUAAACUACACCAAUGCAGCCACCGAAGGAGUGAUCCAUGGCUUGGGGAAAGUUCUGGAAAUUCAGAAGAAUAGAUGUGAUAUUAAUGACACUACUAUUGUACGAGGAAAGUGUGGAAAGUGUCCCCAGCAGCCGAUCUGCCCAUUUGGAACUAAACCACUAGGUGAUGAGACGAGGAGGUGUCUGUAUACCAUUUAUUUCAUGGGCAAGCGAUCGCUGUUCAUCGGGUGCCAGCCCAAGUGUGUGAAGACUGUCAUUACAAAAGAGUGCUGCGCGGGCUACUUCGGCCCCCAGUGCCAGCCCUGCCCAGGGAGUGCCGAGGGCAUCUGCUUUGGAAACGGGAUCUGCUUGGACGGAGCCAACGGCACAGGCGUCUGUGAGUGUGGAGGGGGCUUCAGCGGGACGGCCUGUGAGACCUGCGUGGAGGGCAAGUACGGCGCCCACUGCGACCAAGUGUGUACUUGUGUCCAUGGGAGAUGCAAUCAAGGACCCUCAGGUGACGGCUCCUGCGACUGUGACGUGGGCUGGCGAGGAGUGAAAUGUGACAAUGAAAUCACAAAAGACAACUGCAAUGGGACCUGCCACACCAGUGCCAACUGUCUGCUCAAUCCAGAUGGCACAGCCUCAUGCAAAUGCACAGCAGGGUUUCAAGGGAAUGGCACGGUCUGCACAGCAAUCAAUGCCUGUGAGAUCAGCAAUGGAGGUUGCUCUGCCAAGGCCAUCUGUAAAAGAACCACCCCAGGAAGCCGAGAAUGUGUGUGCAAGGCAGGCUAUACUGGUGAUGGCAUCGUGUGCCUAGAGAUCAACCCGUGCUUAGAGAACAAUGGUGGCUGUCACAGGCACGCAGAGUGCACGCAGACGGGACCUAACCAGGCCGUCUGUAACUGUUUGGCGAAGUACACUGGCGACGGGAAGGUCUGCACGCUCAUCGACGUCUGCUUAACGGAAAAUGGUGGCUGUAGUAAAUUUGCCUUCUGCAAUCACACUGGACAAGACGGAAGGACUUGCACUUGCAAACCGGACUACAUUGGGGAUGGAUUUACCUGCCGUGGCAACAUCCAUCAGGAGCUUCCCAAGAACCCCCAGACCUCCCAGUAUUACUUCCAGUUGCAGGAGCAUUCUAUACGUGACCUGCUUGGUCCAGGCCCCUUCACCGUUCUCGCACCUUCAUCUGCAGCCUUUGACGCGGAACCCCAGAUUAAGAACUGGGACAAGCAGGGCCUGAUGCCCCAGGUUCUUCGGUAUCAUGUGAUCGCCUGCCACCAGCUGCUUCUGGAAAACCUGAAAUCGACCCCAAAUGCUACUUCCCUCCAAGGGGAGUCACUUACCAUCUCCGUCUCUCAGGGUACAGUGUUUAUAAAUAAUAAAGCUAAGAUCAUCUCCAGCGAUAUCAUCAGUACCAAUGGUAUCAUCCACAUUAUAGACAAACUGCUGUCUCCCCGAAACUUGCUUAUCACCCCUCAAGAUGCCUCCGGAAGGAUUCUGCAAAAUCUUACGACAGUGGCAGUAAACCAUGGAUACUUCAAAUUCAGCAACUUACUACAGGAGAUGGGCUUGCUGAGUGUCAUCACUGACCCGAUCCACACCCCGGUCACCCUCUUCUGGCCCAGCGACCAAGCCCUCCAAAGCCUGCCCCCUGAACAACAGGGCUUCCUGUUCAACCAAGACAACAAGGACAAGCUGAAGGAGUAUUUGAAGUUCCACGUGAUCCGAGACGCCAAGGUUUUGGCAGUGGAUCUCCCCAGAUUUGCCACCUGGAAGACACUGCAGGGUUCUGAGCUGAGCGUGAAGUGCGGCACUGGCAGUGACAUCGGCGAGCUCUUCCUGAACGGCCAGACUUGCAGGAUUGUGCAGCGGGAGCUCUUGUUUGACCUGGGUGUGGCCUAUGGCAUCGACUGUCUACUGAUUGAUCCCACCCUGGGAGGCCGCUGUGACACUUUCACCACUUUCAAUGUCUCGGGGAAUUGUGGGAGCUGUAUCAGUACUCCCAGCUGCCCCAGGUGGACUAAACCAAAGGGCCAGAAGCAGAAGUGUCUAUACAACUUGCCCUUCAAGAGGAACGUGGAAGGCUGCAAGCAGCAGUGCACACUGGUGAUACAGCUCCCCAGGUGCUGCAGGGGCUACUUCUGGCCAGACUGUCAGGCCUGCCCUGGAGGGCCGGAUACCCCGUGUAAUAACCGGGGUGUCUGCCUCGACCAGUACUCGCCCAUGGGACAGUGUAAAUGCAACGCCGGCUUCACCGGGACGGCGUGUGAGCUGUGCUGGCCAGGGCGAUUUGGGCCUGAUUGUCAGCCCUGUGGCUGCUCAGACCAUGGACAGUGUGAUGACGGGAUCACGGGCUCUGGGCAGUGCGUCUGUGAAACGGGGUGGACAGGCCGCUUCUGUGACACACAGACAGCUGUGCCCCCAGUGUGCACGCCUCCCUGUUCUGCUCAUGCUACCUGCACGGAGAACAGCACGUGCGAGUGUAACCUGAAUUAUGAAGGCGACGGAAUAACGUGCACAGUUGUGGAUUUCUGCAAACAGAACAACGGGGGCUGUGCGAAGGUCGCCACGUGCUCCCAGAAGGGCACGAAGGUCUCCUGCAGCUGUCAGAAGGGCUACCAGGGGGAUGGCUACAGCUGCACGGAGAUAGACCCUUGUGCCGACGGCCUCAAUGGCGGGUGUCACGAGCAUGCCACCUGCCGGAUGACCGGCCCGGGCAAGCGCAAGUGUGAGUGUAAAAGUCAUUAUGUGGGCGACGGGCUGGACUGUGAGCCAGAGCAGCUGCCCAUCGACCGCUGCCUGCAGGACAACGGGCAGUGCCACGCCGACGCCAACUGUGCCGACCUCCACUUCCAAGAUACCACCAUUGGAGUGUUCCAUCUCCGGUCCCCGCUGGGCCAGUACAAGCUGACCUUUGACAAAGCCAAAGAAGCCUGUGCCAAGGAAGCUGCAACCGUGGCAACCUACAACCAGCUCGCCUACGCCCAGAAGGCCAAGUACCACCUGUGUUCAGCAGGCUGGCUGGAUGGCGGGAGAGUAGGCUACCCCACAUCCUACGCCUCCCAGAACUGUGGCUCUGGUGUUGUUGGGAUCGUGGACUACGGGCCAAGAAACAACAAGAGUGAAAUGUGGGACGUCUUCUGCUACCGAAUGAAAGAUGUGAACUGCACCUGCAAGGCAGGCUACGUGGGCGACGGCUUCUCGUGCAGCGGGAAUCUGCUGCAGGUCCUGAUGUCCCUCCCCUCGCUCACGGACUUCCUGGGGGAGGUGCUGGCUUAUUCCAACAGCUCAGCCAGAGGCCGGGCGUUCCUGAAACACCUGACUGACCUGUCCCUCCAAAGCACCCUCUUCGUGCCGCAGAACAGCGGGCUGGGGGAAAACGAGACUCUAUCUGGGCGGGACAUCGAGCACCACCUCUCCAAUGUCAGCAUUUUUUACGACGACCUUGUCAAUGGAACCAUCCUGCACACAAGGCUGGGAAGCCAGCUGCUCAUCACAUCCAGCCAGGACCAGCAUCAACUGGAGACCAGGUUUGUGGAUGGAAGAGCCAUUCUGCAGUGGGACAUCUUUGCCUCCAAUGGGGUCAUUCAUGUCAUUUCCAGGCCAUUAAAAGCACCCCCCACCCCAGUGACCUCAAGCCACUCGGGCUUAGGAACAGGGAUGUUCUUUGCUGUCAUCCUGGUCAUCGGAGCCAUCGCUUCAGCUGCAUAUUCUUACUUUCGACUAAACAAGAGAACAGUUGGCUUCCAGCAUUUUGAGUCAGAAGAGGACAUCGACGUUGCAGCUCUUGGCAAACAGCAGCCUGACAACAUCUCGAACCCCAUGUACGAGAGUACAACUGCAGCAGCCCUAGGACCUUCCCACGACCCCUUCGUGGACGCCGAGGCCCAGCAGCUGGCGGGCAGCGACCCCCUGGGGGCGCUGUGAGGGCCCGGCCUCCCCCGCCAGCCCUCCCCGCGCCCCCCCCCGACCCCAAGCCCCCCGCUUCCCCCCGCCAGAGAGGCUGCCAACCGUGACUCCUCCGCCUCGGCCGGGCUGCCCGCCCGUGGGAAACGCAAGGUCCUUCAGCGCGUGAAGCCCUCAAGCCACCCGCACCUCAGCUCCUCGCCCGAUCUGGGGGUGAUUUUGUUUUCGUGGGUGAGGUACCGUGUCAAAUCCACCCCCCAACCCGGGGGGACGUCUCCCCCCGCCCCCCACCC